GUCCACUUCCACCUAUUGUGAGUCACGGAGACUAUAUCUGCCAUCCAAGGCCUUGUGACCGAUUCAAUCAUGGGACUGUGAUCGAGUUCUAUUGUGAUCCUGGUUACAGCCUCACCAGUGACUACAAGUACAUCACCUGCCAGUAUGGAGAAUGGUUUCCUUCCUAUCAAGUCUUCUGCAUAAAAUCAGAGCAAAUUUGGCCCAAUCCCCAUGAGACUCUACUGACAACAUGGAAAAUAGUGGCAUUCACAGCAACCAGUGUCCUUCUGGUGCUUCUGUUGGUCAUUCUUGCCAGGAUGUUCCAGACCAAAUUCAAGACACAUUUCCUCCCCAGGGGCCUCUCAGGGAGCUCCAGCAGUGACCCUGACUUUGUGGUGGUGGAUGGGGUACCCGUCAUGUUGCCUUCCUACGAUGAAGCUGUGAGCAGCAGCUUGAAUGCUUUAGCCCCGGGAUACUUGUCUUCUGUGGGCCAGGGCUGCCCCAUGCCAGCAGAGGAUCAGAGCCCACCAGCAUACCCUGGCUCAGGGGACACAGACACAUUGCCGGGGGAGGGUGAAACGUGUGACAGUGUAUCAGGCUCUUCAGAGCUGCUCCAGAGUCUGUAUUCACCAGCGAUGUGCCAAGCAGGAGCACGGCCUGUUCCGGAAAGAACAGACACAGGGGACGGUACCGCCGUAGAGGAAGUGUCCACCAGCCCAAGUGUUGAUAUUGCUGAUGAAAUCCCACUGAUGGAAGAAGAACCUUAGCCUGAUCAAAAUGUU